CUCCGAAACGCCCCCAAAAAUUCUUUCCCAGCCACCAUGGCCGGCCCCCUCUACCACAAGCUAGCCGUCUCGAGGAGGCGGAUUGCGGAACGGAAGCUGUAAACAUUGGACUCAGCACUGCUCCUCCUCCCAGUGACCACACACUCUUCUCCUCUUCCUCUGCUGCCGCCGUUCCUUUUCUUUUGCGGCGACGUUCCUCCUCGUCUAGCGCCGCCGCUGCCUCUAUUUCGUCUUCUGUCGCCGUUCCUUUGCCCCGCCUGCAGCUCCUCCAUUCAUGGAACACCAAAGGAUGCACCCCAGCUGCUGCAUCCCCGGCUACAGCACCCCUGGUGUGCGAUGCAACCCAGCGGCUGCAGACAAACCAAACACGCCCUCAGUGCAUGUCUGUAGCCUAAUGUUCGUGCAAACCUGUGGUGCAUGGUCCACGAUUCGUGGUUGACGAGCCCAAAGCCACCGAGUUUGAUCUCAAGUUCUGAACUCAUGAUUGGUCUGUGUUUUUCCUGUUUUGGCACGACGAUUGGUCUGUUAAGAACACCCAAACCGGCCGGCCGCGCUCAGACUGAAUCAAUGGAGUAAGCCUGCCUGCCUGCUUACCUGCUGCUGAUCAAGGACAAAAUAAAUAUAUUUAGGAUGUCCGGCGAAGUAAUACCUCAUCUAAUCUAAUGACAUUUGGCAUGGUAGCAGAUCCAAACAGCUAACUAAUCAUUAUGUAAUGCCGGAAGAUUAUCAAAACUGAGGCUAGUACUGUAGUACAUAACUACGUACUAACAUAUACUCUAGUUUUUAGAGCUAGCAGUAAUUUGCUAGGAUCCUGCCGAUGGCGUCGACCAUGGCUUCUCGCGGCCUUCUCCUCCUCCUCCUCCUGCUUCUCGCCAUUGUUGCCUCCCUUUGCGGCCCUGCGAUUGGUAAGCAAGACAAGCUCGUGGUUCUCGAUUAUGCUCCUUCUUGCUCCAACACCAACAACUACACUGACGGCAGCCAGUUCGGAAAGAACCUCGAUGAGCUCCUCUCCACCCUUACCACAGCCGCUUCGAGCAGCGAAUGGUUCAACACCAGCACGGUAGGGGGCGGGGCCGACCAGGUCUACGGCCUCAUCAUGUGCUACGCCGACUAUGACGAGGACCAUUGCCUGGAUUGCCUCACCAGGGCACCCGCCGAGAUCACGCAGAAGUGUCCGCACAGCCGGAACGUGAGCGCCAACUACAAUGCCUGCCUUCUCCGCUACUCGGACAAGCGCUUCUUCGAUGCUGGCGACCUCACUUAUGAUGUUGAUAUUGGCAUCACCACCCCCUACAAGCCAGUCUCCCAUUUCGUCCAGGACAUGGAUAGCGUGAAUCAGGCGCUGUCGCGGUUGUUGGAUGAGCUCGCUGACAAGGCCGGGGACUUGUCUCGGCGGUUGUACAACUAUAGCCAAUCAUACACGGACCGGGUGCUGGGCAAAGAAUCGAUAUCCGGGCUGGCACAGUGCAGGAGGGACCUGGCACCCAGCGUGUGCAACAGGUGUAUUUCCGCCUACACUAUAAGCCUGUCACGCAUGUUUCCGAACCAGAGCGGAGGUGCCAUCAAGGGUUACAACUGCUACCUAAGGUACCAGUUCCGUUCAAAGCUAGAGUUUCAUACGACAGAAUUUGCAGGAUUUGAAGUGGCUAGCGUGUUUGCACCUAAUGCAAAAUGCAAUACAGGUAAUCCUAAACAAGGGCUUGUGAUCGAGCUCUCUGUGGGUUCUGCAUCCUUCUUUAUCAUUCUUCUAUGCUUCUUCACCUUGCUCAUUUCACGGCGAUGGCGAAACCAGGCUAAAAUUCACGAGGAGGGUAACAUCACGGACGAUGAUCUGAUCAUGGAAGACGACUUUGAAAAAGGGGUUGGGCCAAAAAGAUUUCGAUACAGGGACUUGUCCAUUGCAACGGACAACUUCCCCGACCAGAGAAAGCUUGGGGAAGGAGGCUUCGGAUCGGUGUACAGAGGAUUCCUCGCGGAAUCAAAACUUGAUGUGGCUGUCAAGAGAGUGUCUAAGAGUUCUAAGCAAGGGAAGAAGGAAUACAUCUCCGAGGUGAGGAUCAUAAGCCGGCUUCGGCACCGGAACCUAGUGCAGCUCAUUGGUUGGUGCCACGGUGGCGGUGAGCUGCUCCUUGUCUAUGAGUUGAUGCCCAAAGGAAGUCUUGACACACAUCUAUACAAUACGGACAACAUACUACCAUGGAUAGUCAGGUACGAGAUUAUGCUUGGACUAGGCUCUGCACUUGUCUACCUACAUCAGGAAUGGGAGCAAUGUGUUCUGCACCGAGACAUCAAGCCAAGCAAUAUAAUGCUAGACACAUCCUUCAACGCCAAGCUUGGGGACUUUGGUUUGGCAAGGCUUGUAGACCACGGACAAGGACCGUACACGACAGGUUUUGCAGGAACUAUGGGCUAUAUGGACCCUGAGUGUGUGAUCACUGGGAGGACUAGUGUCGAGUCUGACAUUUACAGCUUCGGUGUCGUCCUUCUAGAGAUCGCCUGUGGCAGGCGGCCCGCGGUGGCUCGGGAAGAACCAGAGGACAUAAUACAUCUUGUCCAAUGGGUUUGGGAUUCAUGGGAAAGUGGAAGGACUCUUCAAGCGGCUGAUGCUCGGCUCAAUGCAGAUUUUGACAACCGGGAGAUGGAGUGCGUGAUGAUAGUCGGGCUCUGGUGCACACACCCUGACCCCCGCCUAAGGCCUUCGAUUAAACAGGCAGUCAAUGUUUUGCGGUUUGAGGCGGCGCUGCCAAGUCUUCCAGCAAAGAUGGUGGUCCCAACAUUCAAACCGACAUUCCAUACCUAUGUUUCUGCGUCUCAGCUGACAGGGGGCAGAUGACAUGAAUGCCUUGAUAGAUUCUUAGAGUGUUUAUUACAGCAUUUGUAGGGCAGGAAGUACCUAGUUUUUCAUAAAGAUAAGUGUAUUUUUUGGUCUCCCAAGUUGUCGAAGGUACCUAUCUGCGUAUGCCUUUUGCCCCUCAACCCGUCAAUACCGAACAUGUCAAGGUUUUUGUAGCCUGACCUUCAUGUCGGCUCUCAUCUUCCCCGUCACUCUUCUUCAGUUCUUCUUCCUCCCCUAACCCCAUGUCGC